UGCUCGUUCUCAAUGUUGAACCCAAUAUCAUGUCAGAAAUGUUGUUUCAAUAAGUCAUUGCUUCCGUAUUCUUGAUUUUUCUGGAGUAGAACGCUACAUAUACCAUUCAUAUAGGAAACGAACAUCAAUAUGGAUGACCUUGUUAAUAAUAUAAUAAAAUUUAAUGCUCAAACGAAUGGGAGAGACAAACUAUGCAGACUGUUUCAGUAUGGAUGUCGUCUGGCAUGGGGACGUUUGCAGCAAACAGACAAAAAGGACCUGCUGACGACACUGAAAAAUAUCGAGUCCAUGCUUAGCAUGACAAGAAAAUUGCUUCGGUUUGGGCGAAGUUUAGACUUCAUUCAAGGAGCACUGAAAAGCAUUCACCUGAAAGAUGGUGUUCUGCGUCUGACGCUCACGCUUUCCAAGAUCAAUCAAGCAUUCUACCUGUUGUUUGACCACUUUCUAUGGUUCCACAACGUUGGUGCAGUCAAACUAGACAAGCAGUACUGGUCGGACGUCUCUUCACGGUUCUACCUUGCAACACUGCUUUUAAAUCUAUCUAGAGACUUUUACGGAAUUUAUCAAGUCAUCGAAGAAGAGUUGGCAUUGGGAGAGUCUAGGGGCAACUCCUCAGGUGCCUAUCAAAAUGGUGAAGCAAGUCCUCGAACAUCUCGACAGAGGAAGGUCAAUGUUUUAGAUGUUCUCCACCAAAACAUCCCGUUAAUCAUGGACACGAUAAAGAACUUGUUUGACUUAGCCAUUCCAAUGAGCGCUUUGCAGAUGGUGCAUUUGAGUCCACAGAAACAGGGUCUGUUUGGAAUCAUUAGUUCAUUCUUAGCGUUGCUUGUUGUCUGGAAUCCCACAUUGAAACUUGUUCCUUCGUAGACAGAAGAGGGAAUAUUUUAGAUAUUUUCUAAAGGACUUAAAUUUUUAUCUGUUUAGUUGUUUGCUUUAAUAAUAAAUAUUCAUUUUAUUCCAGUUUUGUUUUUGAAUGUUUUUUCUUCUCUGCAAUUUUAUAUAUGACAUUUGUAUGAUUUCAAUUGAGUAUAAUUUAUUUUGUGAUUGCUUUGAAAUUCCUUUUAUAUCUUUAUAUCUGACAGACAUAAAAAUUGUAUUGUGAACAUUUGUAUAUACCAGUAACAUAUCAAGUUUAUGAAGUCCUUUGGCGCCUGAGGCUGCAUAUUAAUGAGAGGAUUUGAAAUGUGUCCCAGCACCCCUACUUAAUGGACUAUUUAAGUCUUUAAGUUGAGACAACUUGUUUUAAUUAUAGCUGCAAUUUCCAGUUAUUAGUGUUUUUUUUACUGAAAGUUAUAUUUAAUUUUGGUGUGGUCUUUUGCUUUGAGGGGAAGCCGAAGUACCCGGAGGAAACCGCACCUGCCCGAUAUAGUGAACACCAACUAAACAAACAUGCUUACGGGAGUGGGGAUUUAACCCCUAGGUGAGAAGCAUGUGUACCAAUCACUGCAUUAGCUAAAGUUAUUGCUGAAUAAUUAUGGUUUCUCUUAUAUCUUCGAAGAUGCUGACAAUGUCGAUUUUAAAUCUUUUAUCAUCAUUUUCAAACAACGUGUCAUAGUCAAUUUCAUUCAGGAAUGGUCCCAGAACAUGCAGACAAACCAUGUUCUUACUAUGUCCUCUUUAAAAACAUUUUCAACUACGAAUCAUACCUAGAUUUACUACCAAGCAGCCUUAGAAUGUUCUUUUGUAGACUAAGACUGUCGGUCCACCCCCUAAGAAUACAAACGGGUAGAUAUGGUAGAAAUAGAAUUGAUAGGGAUCAGCGUUACUGUUUAUUUUGUAAUUCACAAGAUAUUGAAGAUGAAUAUCAUUUCAUGCUUAAAUGUCCAUUCUUAGAUGAGAUUCGCAAAAAAUAUGUACCAAAGUACUAUUACCAACGCCCAUCGAUGUUUAAAUUUUUGGAAAUGUUGGGCAUUGAUAACAAGACCAAAUUAAUUAAAAUUUAUAUUUUUAUUAAAUACGCAUUAAAUAAAAGAAACACAUUGUUAAAUGUAAGUUCAUCCUCUUAAAUAAUGAAACUUAAAAAUUCUGAACUAACACAAUUUAUUUGAUUAAAAUAUUCAAAUGUAAUAUUUUUAUAGUAAAGACCAGGUAUACCGUAUGUACUUUGCUACACACCGUAUGUGCUGAAAUAAUAUAUUAUAUGAAGUAAUGUACUUUAUUGUAUACCGUAUGUACUAAAAUUAUGUAUUAUAUGAGUAACGUGACAUGAAUCUAAAUCAUGAUUUGUUUUUUGUUAUACUGACGAUGUACAUUGUGCAAGUCAAAAUAAAACAUAUGUUCUGUUC